AUGCAGCUCACCGCGGUCUUCACCUUCCUCCUUCUUGGAGCCGCCACCGCCAACCCCGUCCUCGAGACGCGCCAGAAGGACGGCGAGUGCACUGAGGCAUACAACUGCUGUUACUCCUCGAGGGAUGCCUGCAACAGGCAGCUCGGUGGCUGGGCCAACUUCUUGACUGCCCAGAUGUACUGCCCUGGACACAAGUACUGCAAGGACUUCGGCAUCACCCGUGCCCAAUGCAACGCCGACUGCUGCGACAUCAAGACCGGCUGGGGUCGUGGCUGCCCUGGCAAAUAA